UUAAAUUUAAAAAUACCGCGCAGACCUUACGGAAAUACCAACCGUAAAAGUAACCAAAAACGUCAUGCUUCUUCUGGUUACUAGUUUCCGGCGAACUCCUUUUCAUGAUUGUUGAGAAACAUGACGGGUUUUAGUGAAAAGGCGGUUAUUAUAGACGGCAAAGGCCAUUUACUUGGGCGUUUAGCAGCUGUGGUCGCCAAAACGUUAUUACAAGGAGACAAAGUUAUCGUAGUAAGAUGUGAACAAUUAAAUAUUUCCGGAAAUUUCUUCAGGAAUAAGUUGAAGUAUUUGGCGUUCUUACGUAAACGCUGUAAUGUAAAUCCCGCUCGUGGACCAUUCCAUUUUAGGGCACCAUCCAGAAUUUUUUGGAAGACAGUUCGUGGCAUGGUCCCACACAAAAUUGAGCGUGGAAAGCAAGCACUUAGACGUCUAAAAUGCUACGAAGGAAUUCCACCUCCGUACGAUAAGAGGAAACGUGUAGUAGUACCUGGUGCGCUUCGUAUGCUAUGCCUUCGACCAGGACGUAGGUAUUGUGACGUUGGGCGUAUCUCCGAUGAAGUUGGCUGGAAGUACAAGGAUGUUGUGGAGGCUCUCGAAACGAAACGUAAAGUACGUGCUGCUGCAAGCAUCCGUCUUCGUUCGAAAUUAAGUAAGAUCACGCGCGCCGCGACUGAGAAACAAAGUAAGCAAAUUGCUCCACACACAGCAAUUAUUAACUCGUAUGGUUAUAAUUAAUAAAGAAUAAACCAUUCUAUAUUUA